AUGGACUUCCUACCAGAAAACCUCCAAACGGUCCUCCAAAACCCCACAUUCACCUACCUACAAACAACAACACAAGACCACCUCACAGCAAAACUCUCGCACCUACGCACAAUGGUGCUCCAACCAUACCUAAUCGAGCCCCUCUCGAAUUUCCUCGCCUCAUACUCUUCCUCCAUGCCAGACCUGCUCUCAAUAUUCCUCCUCGCAAUCAUACUUUUCAUCUCACUUAAGAUUAUAGACUACGCCUACCGCGUAGUCAUGUUCUGGGUCACGCUCGCUUUCAGGCUCGUCUUCUGGGGCUCGAUUCUAGGUGUCGGAUGGUAUGUCUACAGCGUUGGAAUUGAGAAUGCGGGUAGAGAUUUUGGAUGGAUUUGGGGUGUGGUAUAUGGGUUUGUGGGCGAUUUUCAGGAAAAGAGUAAGGUCGCUGCGGCGGCUUAUGCAAAGAACGCCAAGUAG